CCGUGUUGCGGCUGUCCACGUCAAGCUCUGUCUGUGACAACACAGCACCGAGCUGAGAUGGCAGACCUAGUACGUUAUCUGAACCGGUAUAUACAUACACGAUAAAGACAACUGAUAUAAUAGACCGGAUAAUCUUCUCAUUAAUGUUACGCGGAUGAUCUAUUGUCGAAGUUUGUUUAGAUUCGUAAAUCCACGGGAUCAAUUUGACUGCAAGUGAGUGACACAUUCAGCUAGCAAGUCUACGUUAGCAUACCAGCUAACUAGCUAUCCGGCCAACUACUGUAGCUAGCUUGACAACCAGUUUCACUCUACCAAAUUGACAACUUCACAAAGGUGACAAAGCUAGUUUUAAGAAGUGCAAGAAUUCAGGAAAAAAAACAACGUUUCUAUGAGUUUUGACAGAGAGCUGAAUUGUAUGAAGGUAGGGUCGAAGUUGAUCGCCACCUUACCAGCUAACUACCUAGCCUAGCCAGUGUUGGGCCUUUUUGUUAUUGUUUAGCUAGCUUACUAGCUAACGUUAGUUAUUCUCAAAGAUGUCAUCGUGGCUGGGUGGACUGGGCUCCGGCCUGGGCCAGUCUCUCGGCCAGGUCGGGGGAAGCCUCUCCUCAUUCACCGGACAAAUAUCAACCUUCACCAAAGAUAUGCUUCUGGAAGGAGUUGAAGAAGUUGGAGAUGCUUCCACUGAGCUGCUGGUGUCCAGUUCUAAGCAGGAGCAAGUGGAGGCUGAGUACGUGCGUUUAACGAGGAUCCAUGCCGAGCUGGAGGAGAAGCUGGAGGCCUCAGAGAUCCAGAAUAAACAGCAGUCAGCUGAAUACAGGACCAUGAUGCAACAGAAAGAUGUGGAGAUCAGUCACCUGAAAGCCCGUCAGAGUGGACUACAGGAAGAGGUUCAGAAACUACAGCACUCUGCUCAGUCAGCUACUUCCGACCCUGCCGUACUUCCUGUCACCACCGCCUCCACCACCACCACCUCUUCCUCUUACAUGUCCCGCCCCCUGGGGGCCCCCCACCACCAGGGUUUCCAUGGCAGCGACGAGAUGGACUUCGGUGACGUGAUCUGGUCCCAGCAGGAGAUUAACCGUCUGUCUACGGAGGUGAUGAGGCUGGAGGCUGAGGUCUCCCAUUGGAGACGCGUGUCUCAGGCAUCCGUAGCCCCAGGGGCAGGAAACGGUGACCAGGGAGAGGUCCUGAAGCUUCAGAGGAUCAUCAAGGAGCUGCGUGAGGAGAUGGGUCGUGAGGUAGAUGAGCACCAGCAUGAGUUAGCAGCGCUGCAGGACGCUCAGAGACAGAAGAUGGCCGACGUCAUCCGGCGCCACCGGGACGAGCUGGCAGAGUACGAGGAGAGGAUAGAGGAGCUGGAGGAACAGAAACAGACUGGAGGAGAGGAGGAGGAACAGACUGGAGCUUCUAGUUCAGCCACAGCCAACGCUCUUCAGGAGUCCUCCAUGCUCUCAGACCUCCAGAACACUAUCCAGUCCCUACAGGAGGCAGCGGAGGAGCGGCUGAAGGAGGAGCAGGAUAAGCAGCUGAAGGAGCUGACAGCUAAUCUGGAGGAGGCAGGGAAGAGACAGGCCACGCUGCAGCAGGAGAAAGAGGAGGCGCAGGCAGAGAACGCUGAGCUGCUGCAGAACUACACUCGGCUGCAAACGUCUGUCACAGAGCUCCAGUCACGUGUCCAGGAACAGGAGGGGAAAGCCCGGAACAAGGCUCAGCUAGACCAGGAGAUACAGGGGCUGAGGAAUGCUCUCGCAGGUGCAGAGAAGGAGAUCUCUAGGCUGAAGAGUCUUCAGAGUGAAACAAAGAUGGAGGCGGAACACGCUGACAUUCUAGAACUCAACACUGUCAUCGGGACGUUGAGGAAGGAGAUGCGGAGUCUACAGGAGAGGCUUGCCAGGGCCGAGGAGAGAGUGGAGUCAGACAGCCUUGAUGGAGGGGAGUCCUCCCCAUCCGCCACAGAGCAGCUAUCAGGGCUGAGGGCAGAGCUAGAGAAGAGCGAGCAGUCGUUGAGCGAGAUCCAGGAGGAACGAGAUACCCUCCUCAACGAGCUGGAAGAACUGGACCGACAGAACCAGCAGGCUACACAGCAUGUCAUCUCGGUGAAGGAGCAGCUCUCUGUUCAGCUGAAGGAAUCUGAAGCCGUUGUGGCUCGGCUCCAAUCAGACCUCAGUACCACCGCCGACCAGAAGGUGGCGCUGCAGCAAGAGCUAAAGGCCCAGCAGGAGAAACUGAGCCACAGUGCCUUCACUCUCAACGAUCUACACAUGGGCAAGCAGCAGCUGGAGGACACCGUUAAGGAGCUGAGAGACAAACUUGGACGGGCAACAGAGAUGGGCAAAGAGGCACGCAGGGAGACCCAGGAGUUCCAGAGAACCAUACAGGAGAGGGAGGAGGAGCUGUCGGCUGCCCGGGCAGAGCUGUGUGAGGCUGGGGAGAGAGGGAGAGAAUCCGGGGGGUCCAUAGAGCAGCUGGAAGUGCUCAGGAGAGAACUGGCAGAGAUGAGGAGCUCCCAGGAGAAGAUGAUGUCAGAAGACUACGAGAUGAAGAUGGAGAAGCAGAGGCUGAAGACGGAGGCUGAGCAGGCCCAGGGGAGGAUAGAGGAGCUGGCCAGACAGGUCAGGGAGGUUCAGGCUGCUCUCACCAGGACCGUCCUGGAGAAGGACACUCGUAUCAAGGCUCUGAAGCUGGAGAAGAGCCAGCUGGAAGGGGAACUGGGCCAGGCAGAGAAGGGCCUACAGGAGCAGACCAGGCAGUACCAGCAGACCAUCGAGGAGCUGACCGCUGCCCGCUCCAUGGACGCCUCGGCACUACAGACGGAGCAUGAGCGGACAGUGAGGCUGAACCAGGAGAAGGAUCUGGAGAUAUCCCAGCUUAAAAGAGACGUGGAGCAGAUGUCCUCCGACCACAGAGACACCAACGAGAUGCUGUCCAUCACCGUGGCCGGACAGAAACAGCUGACCGACCUCCUCCAGGAGAAGGACUCCUUCACGGAGAGCCUGAGAGCCAACAUGGCCGCCACCCAGAGGGAGCUGGAGGCCGGGGUCCAGGCAGCCACCCAGGACGCUGAGACCCUGAGAGGAGCUCUGGAGGAGAAGGACAAGCAGCUGGGAGGCAUGAAGGAAGACAACAGCCACCUGAAGGAGGAGAUCGAUCGCCUCAGGGACCAGCAGAACAGACCCCAGCCCUCCGGCCUGUCCGAGCCACGCACCCUGGACAUCAUCACAGAACUGGAGAAUGAGAUCAGCCAGCUGAAGAGCACCAGAGACGGACUGGAGGAGGAGGGCCACUCCCUGAAGAGGAGAGUGGAGGAGCAGCGGGGGCACCUCCUCUCCUCCCAGCAGUCUCUCCUGGCGCAGCAGAAUGAGUUGGAGCAGGCCCACCAACGCCACGAGCAGAGCAGAGAGAACUACGAUAGGCUGAUCCACGCCAAGGAUGAGGAGAUUGGGCGCCUGCAGCAGGAAGUAGAUCACCUCGGCCACACCCACUCCUCCCAGGAACAGGAAGUGGUCAUCCUCCAACAGGAAGACAAGACCCAGUCGUCCCUGAAUAACGGAGAGAACGACAAUGAGAAACAUGACCUGUCAAAGGUGGAGAUAAACCGUCUGGUGAAGGGCAUCAAGGAGAAGGAGACUGAAAUCAGCCAGCUGAAUGAGAAGAACCUCAACCUGACCAGACAGCUGGCCCAACUGGUGGUCUCCAGAGAGGAGAUUGGGAAACUCUCCCAGAUGCUCUUGCAGAAGGACCUGGAGAUCCAGGCACUGCAUGCUAGAGUCUCCCUGGGGGGCCACAGCCAGGACGUGAUGUUCCUCCAGCAGCAACUGCAGGCUUACGCCGUGGAGAGAGAGCAGGUGCUGGCAGUGCUGAAUGAGAAGACGAGGGAGAACAGUCAGCUGAGGGGGGACUACCAGCGCAUCAUGGACAUUGUAGCAGGGAAGGAAGCUGUGCUCCUCAAGGUCCAGCAGGAGAACCAGAGGCUGUCCACCAUGUCUGACCCCUCAGGCAGCCAGGAGAUGUUCAGAGAGACCAUCCAGAACCUGUCCCGGAUCAUCAGAGAGAAGGACAUUGAGAUCGACGCGCUGACCCAGAAGUGCCAGACCCUGGUGUCGGUGCUGCAGGCAGGAGACUCUGGAGGCGUCAGCUCCAACCAGUUUGAAGAGCUGCUGCAGGACAGGGACACAUUGAAACAACAGGUGAAGAAGAUGGAGGAGUGGAAGAUGCAGGUGAUCACCACAGUAAAGAACAUGCAGCAUGAAUCUGGACAGCUGGUAGAGGAGCUCCACAAGCUACAGGGACAGGUGGAUGCAGACAACGACUGCACCUCGACUCUCUCCGUGGACUACAGCCGUCUGAUCCACAGCUAUGAGCAGAAGGAGAGGAAGCUCGGCAGUCUCAGUCACGAACUAGCCCACGUCCAACAGACCAUCAGCCAGCUGAGCAGUACUAAAGAUGUCCUCCUGGGGAAACUGGACAGUGUGGCGCAGAGUCCCCAAGUCACCCCACUGUCUGCUGCCCUGACGUCUACUGCCCAGCCUCCUGCUGCAGUGGAACCUCCCAGACACCAGGUGGCAGCACCUGCAACACCAGGGAACCAGGAAGGACUGAGACAGGAGUUGGAGUCUCUGAGAGCCCUCCUGUCUGAGAGGGAGACUAUGAUCAGGACCUUGCAGGAGAAUAACCACCGCCUGUGUAACUCAGCCCAGGUGUCAGACAGCGAGCAGCGAGGCCAGGCCGAGGAGGCCAGACAGGUCAGAGAGAGACUGGACGUUCUGCAGCGCUCUGUCAGGGAGAAAGACCUGCUCAUCAAGACUAAAGGAGAUCAACUCACCCAGGUGAGCGAGAGCCUGAGGAACCGUGAGAGCGACAACGAGGUGUUAAAACAGGCCGUGACCAACCUGAAGGAGCGAGCUCUUAUCCUGGAGAUGGAUACCAGGAAGCUGAAGGAUGAGAACGAGGCUGUGGCCCAACGGAGCCGGGAGAAGGAGUCAGAGUUCAGAGCCCUGCAGGAGACCAACAUGCAGGUGUCCCUCCUCAUGAGGGAGAAGGAGUUUGAGAGGAGCGCCAUGUCAGAGAAGGCUGCCGCCAUGGAGAAGAUGCUCAAGGACAGAGAACAGGGCAACAGCCAGAAGUCUGGAGAGCUCAACCAGCUCCUGAACGAGCUGAGGUCCAUGCAGGAGAAAGCUGUGGCCUUCCAGCAGGAGAGAGACCAGGUCAUGCUGGCUCUCAAACAGAAACAGAUGGAGACGACAGCCGUACAGACAGAGCUGCAGCAUGUGAAGGACAGAGAGCAGCGGUUGAAGUUGGAGCUGGACCGACUACGUAACCACCUGCUGGAGAUAGAGGAGUCCUACACACGGGAGGUCCUCGCCGCGGAGGACAGGGAGGCGGAGCUAUGCAAGAGAGUCACGCUAUUGGACGACAGACUGGCCACUUCCUCCAGUCAGGUGGAGAGCACCAGCCACCAGGCGUCUCUCCAGGUGGAGUCUCUCCAGGAGCAACUGAGUGGAACGGUGAGGCAGAGAGACGAGGCCUUGACUCAGCUCAGAGCAGCACGGGACCAGGUCAACCAGUACGCCAUGUCCCUGUCCAACCUCCAGAUGGUGCUAGAGCAGUUCCAGCAAGAAGAGAAAGCCAUGUAUUCGUCAGAGCUCGAUAAAUACAAGAGGGAGAAGGACGAGUGGAGAAGAAAAGCACUUAAACUGGAGGACAUGGCCUCAGCACUUCAGAUCAACCUAGAUGAGGCUAAUGCUGCUCUGGACUCAGCCUCCAGACUCACUGACCAGCUGGACCUGAAGGAAGAACAGCUAGAAGAGCUCAAAAAACAAGUUGAUGUGAGGCAGGAGAUGUUGGAAGAGUCUCAGGACAAGUUGAUGAACUUGCUGAAUAGCACAGAGGGACAAGUAGACCAGGCUCUGAUGCGGAACCUGUUCAUGGGAUACUUCCACACCCCGAAACCCAAACGCUCCGAGGUGCUGAGGCUCAUGGGUAGUGUCCUGGGACUGGACAAGGAUGAGGUCAACCAGCUGCUGGAGGAGGAGGGAGGCCAUGGUGUCGGCGGCUGGGUGUCCGGCUGGUUGGGAGGCAGAGCUGUACAGAGUGUCCCCAACACACCACAGAGACCUGGAGCAGGACAGGGGGGCUUCAACAACUCGUUCUCUGAGAUGUUUGUAAAGUUCCUGGAGGUGGAGUCUAGGCCAGCGCUCCCUGCCCCCAGACUUCCUGUCUAUGACAUCAAACCUCUCAGUGCCCCGCCUCCUGGGAGGACCACCAGCUCAGCCUGGGCUCAACAACCAGAAGGAGCCGGCAGGGGACAGAGAGCAGCUGGGGAGUCCAACCCUUUCCUGGCUCCCCGCUCUGCGGCCGUACCGCUGAUGCAUCAUGGGAGCGGUAGUUCCAGUGCUUCGGGAGGACACCACCACCUCCUAAUGAAACCCAUCUCAGACAACCUGCCUACCUUCACCCCCGUGCCCGUCUCCGCUGAGAGCGGCGGGCAGGUGCUCAAAGACUUACUCAAGCAGUGAUUGGAGCCACGGCCUGUCACUCAAAGCUCCUCAUCCAAUCAGGAGGAGCGUAUACACAGACUGAGAUGGAGGAGGACCGUUAUUACUGUGUAGUGCUUUCUUCCAACAGUCCCUCAGUGAUGGUUCUACUAACUUCUGCACAGGAUGAGGGUUCUACGAAAUUCUGCACAGGAUUAGGGUUCUACGAAAUUCUGCACAGGAUGAGGGUUCUACAAACUUCUGCACAGGAUGAGGGUUCUACGAACUUCUGCACAGGAUGAGGGUUCUACGAACUUCUGCACAGGAUGAGGGUUCUACUAAAUUCUGCACAGGAUGAGGGCUCUACUAAAUUCUGCACAGGAUGAGGGUUCUACUAACUUCUGCACAGGAUGAGGGUUCUACGAACUUCUGCACAGGAUGAGGGUUCUACUAAAUUCUGCACAGGAUAAUGGUUCUACUAACUUCUACACAGGAUAAUGGUUCUUCUAACCUCCAAACAGCAGGACAUGUCAGGCAGACCCUCUCUGAUUUAACUGUCAGUUUGUUGUCGGGUUGAUAUUUCGUUGACACUAUUAAAGUUAAAGGGGAAAUCUG